GCCAGCGCGACAACGGCCGCCACGCACCCAGCGAGUCGCCGGAGCGCGACCAUGCGGAGGCCAGCCGGAGCGUCAGCAAGAAGCGGCCCUGGAAGGAGAAGAAGGAGCGCUCCCGGAGUCGCAGCCGGGACAGAAAGCGGCCCUCGCCGGUGCCGGUGAAGACGCGGGGCUCCAACUUCGACUCGGGGCCCAAGCGCGUGGCACCGCCGGGCUCCGCCUUGGGCACCCCUCCUCCCAAGGAGAGCCUUGA